CCCCGUGGGAGUAACCGAUCCCGACUUCAGUCAUGGAUACCAAAGACAUCGACACCACGCAUCACGAAGUGGUCAAGCCGACCGCGGCUGCAGACCAGCUCCAGCCACUGGGCACGGUCAAGCUGGUCGAGGAUGGCGAAGUCGUGUUGAUUCCCACCCCUUCACCGGAUCCCCGAGAUCCGCUCAAUCUGCCCCAGUGGCAUAAGUGGGUGAUUACCUUUGUGCUGGGAAUGUUUUCCGUCUUGGGCGUUCUUCUGACCUCCGGCAUGGGUCCCUUCACCACGACGAUGGACGCCUACUACAAUUAUAAUCCGCGGACGAAUGACCUCAUGACCUAUCCGACCCUGUUCAUGGGGAUCGGGAACCUGAUCGCGAUGCCGCUGGCCAUGGCCGUCGGGCGAAGGCCGAUCUUCCUUGCCUCGGCCCUGGUUCUAACGGUGGGAUCCAUCUGGUGCGCCGCGAGUAAGAGUUUAGGAUCGCACAUCGCUGGACGGGAUAUUCUUUCGCUGGCGGCCGGUCAAUCGGAGGCCUUGUGUCCGCUGAUCAUCCAGGAAAUCCAUUUCGUCCACGAGCGCAGCAGCAGGCUUGCCUGGUUCAGUGCCAUCCAGUCGAUCGGAUCCGCCGCCCUGACGAUCGCGACCUCCUACCUCGUCAUCGCCCUGGGCUGGCGAUGGUGGUACGGGAUCUUCGCCAUCGCGAGCGGCGUGGUGUUCCUGGUGGCGCUGUUCUUCGUGCCGGAGUCCCUGUACGACCGCCCGACCGACGCCUUCGAAGGCCGCGUGCACAUCCACCACGAGGGGCAGGAGCUCAACGUCUUGCGCGCGACGACGAAGCACCCGGUCGCCCUGGACUACACGCGGUACCAAGCCCGCACCUUCCGCCACAGCAUGAAGAUCUACCACGGCCCCGCCAACUGGCGCGCCGCGGCGCUGUGCUGGAAGCACAUGGCGCAGUGCAUCCUGUUCCCCGGGGUCCUGUGGGUCGUGCUGAUGAACAGCAUCUCCCUGGGGAUCUAUGUCAUCGGCGUCACCGAAUACGCCCAGUUGCUGGCCGCCCCGCCCUACAACUACCCCGACACCAGCCUCGGGCUGGUCCAAGGCGGCCAGAUCGUGGUGUCGAUGCUCAUGGUGCCGAUCCUGGGCUACGGCGGCGACCGCCUGCACCGGUGGAUUGCGCGGCGCCGCGGAGGCGUGGUCGCGCCGGAGAUGCGUCUCCUCCCGAUCCUCCUCCCCGUUGCGGUCGUGUUGAUCUCCACCAUCAUCUACGGUCGCGCGGGCUCGCAUCCGACCGACUGGUCGUCGUGGGCCAUCGUCAUCACAUUCAAUGGCAUCUAUUUUGGGUACAUCGGGAUCAUCCUGAACGGAUUCACGUACACGCUGGAUAGUUACGGGGAGCGCGCCGCGCCGAUCCUGGUGCUCAUCUGCGCGAUCCGUGGAUUCAUCUCGUUCGGGAUCUCCUUUGGUAUCACGGAGUUCAUCGCGCAGAAGGGCUUCCAGGGUAGCUUUGAGAUCUGUGCGAUCAUCAUGGGGGUGAUCUCGGCCCUGGGUCUGCCGGUGUUUAUCUUCGGACCGAAGAUCAGGUCGCUGACAAUGAAGUAUGCGGUUGAUGGCAAGGGCGUAGAAAUCUGA